GCACACAGGUUGCCCGCGGGCGCGCGGGGUCCGGCGGGCGUCCCGGGGUGGUCCCCGUGUGGGGCCGGGGGCGUCCGCGCGGGCGGGCGAGGUCGGGGAGGGCAGCCGCCCGCCCUCCUCCGCGCUGGGAGCUUUCGGCUGGUUCUGCGGGAGGAGCUCCCCGGUGACCCGCGGGUUCUGAAACCGCCGCUCGGGAGCUCGGGGCCUGCGCGGCGUCUACGGGGCGAGCGAGGGAGCACUGACGCCUUUCGCCCGGAUCCUUCUCCCCUUCCGAGAACCAGGUGGCGGAGCCGAGUGGCCACAGCACCACCUCGUGUGAGACCCACUGCUCUGGUCGGCUGGUUCAUGACACCCACUGCUCUGGUCGGCUGGUUCAUGACACCCACUGCUCUGGUCGGCUGGUUCAUGACACCCACUCCUCUGGUCGGCUGGUUGCAGAACCACACGCCGCUCCCCUCCUAAUGGCUGAACCCCUGCAAACCAGGGAGACCUGGGGGCAACCGGGCAGUGCCAUUUUGGCCUCCGUGGACAGGAAAUAGGGAUCCAGCCAUCCCUGGGUCAGGAGGGAUGGAGACCACACCUUCCACAUAGAUUCACAAGCCGCCCUGCAGUGGCCUUGGCUUCGGGAAAGGAAUAUUCAGACGCUUCCAUCAGCCUCCCAGGAUGGCAGCCCCUGACCUGGCCCACGGAGGUCAUGUUCCUAGGGACUCAAUCUGCCUUCAUGAAGAACAGACACAGGCAGCAGGGAUGGUGGCUGGCUGUCUGAUAAAUUGUUAUCAGGACUCGGUGACCUUUGACGACGUGGCUGUGGACUUCACCCAGGAGGAAUGGACUUUACUGGACCCAUCUCAGAGAGACCUCUACAGAGACGUAAUGCUGGAAAACUACAAGAACCUGGCCUCAGUAGGACAUCACCUGUUCAAACCCAGCGUGAUCUAUUGGCUGGAGGAGGAAGAGGAGAUGAGGGCAGGAUGGAGAGUUCUCCAAGAAUGGCGACUUAAAACCAAAGGGCCAGCACUUCGGCAGGAUAGAUCUUGGUUCAGAGCAUCAAAUGAGACACAGACGGCAAGAAGCCACAAUGGAGGGCAGCUCUGUGACCACACGCAGCGUGGAGAAGCUUUCAGUGAACACUCAGGCCUCAGCACACACGUGAGAACUCAAAAUACGGGAGACAGUUGUGUGUCUAAUCAUUAUGAAAAAGACUUUUUUAUUCUAUGCCAGAAAACCUUGUUCAAAAUUGGAGAGCAAUUUUCCACGUUGGGUCAGUGUGGAAAAGCCUUCAGCCCUACUCCAAAUGUUGUUUCCCAGCAAGCAUGCAGUCGGGACAGAUCUCUUGACUGCAGCGACUGUGGGGAAGCAUUCCUUAAUCAGUCAUACCUUCAGGCGCGUGCGGGAAGUCACAACAGAGAAGGAACAUGGAAAUGGAAACAGUGUGGGAAAGCUCUCACUCACUCCACAGGCUGUGCCCCACCUGUUGAAAUGCAUGCUGUCAGGAAUCCCCACAUAUGUAGGGAAUGUGGGAAGGCCUUUAGAUACAUUGCCUACCUUACUAGUCGCGUGCCAGUCCACACUGGGGAGAAGCCCUGUGAAUUGGAAGAAUGUGGAAAAGCCUCCCCUGUUUCUUCCAGCCUGACUCAACAUGUAAGAAUUCAUGCUGCAGAGAAGCCCUGUGAAUGUGAAGAAUGCGGAAAAGCCUUCACUGGAUGCUCAGGUCUUUCUAAACACGUCCAGACAGACCCUGGACAGAAGCCCUGUGAAUGUAAGGACUGUGGGAAAGCCUGCGGUGGGUUUUAUCUACUGAAUGAACAUGUAAAAACUCACAGGAGGGAGAAGCCCUUUGCAUGUGUGGUUUGCGGAAAAUAUUUUAGAAAUUCCUCAUGCCUUAAUAAUCAUGUUCGAAUUCACACUGGAAUAAAACCCUAUACAUGCAGCUACUGUGGGAAGGCCUUCACUGUGCGCUGUGGCCUUACUAGACACAUACGAACUCACACGGGCGAGAAGCCAUACACGUGUAAGGACUGCGGGAAAGCCUUCUGUACAUCCUCAGGCCUUACCGAGCACGUAAGGACUCACACUGGAGAGAAACCGUAUGAAUGUAAAGAUUGUGGGAAAUCCUUCACUGUUUCUUCAAGCCUGACUGAGCAUGCGAGAAUCCAUACUGGAGAGAAACCCUACGAAUGUAAGCAGUGUGGCAAAGCCUUCACGGGGCGCUCAGGCCUCACUAAACACAUGCGGACACACACCGGGGAAAAGCCCUAUGAAUGUAAGGACUGCGGGAAAGCCUACAAUAGGGUUUAUCUACUGAAUGAGCAUGUGAAAACUCACACAGAGGAGAAGCCCUUUAUAUGUACAGUAUGCGGGAAAUCCUUCAGAAAUUCCUCGUGCCUGAAUAAGCACGUUCAGAUUCACACUGGAAUAAAACCUUAUGAAUGUAAGGACUGUGGGAAAACCUUCACUGUUUCUUCAAGCCUAACCGAGCACAUACGAACUCACACUGGAGAGAAGCCUUAUGAAUGUAAAGUAUGCGGAAAGGCCUUCACCACGUCCUCACACCUUAUCGUGCACAUAAGAACCCACACCGGUGAGAAACCCUACAUAUGUAAGGAGUGUGGGAAAGCCUUUGCUUCCUCCUCACACCUUAUCGAACACAGAAGGACUCACACAGGAGAGAAACCUUAUAUGUGUAACGAGUGUGGGAAAGCCUUCCGUGCUUCCUCUCACCUGCGUAAACAUGGAAGAAUUCACACUGGGCAGAAACCCUAUAAAUGUAAGGAAUGUGGGAAAGCAUACAAUAGGUUUUAUCUACUAAAAGAACAUUUAAAAACUUACACUGAAGAGCAGCUUUUUGUAUGUAAGGACUGUGGAAAACCUUUUAAGAAUUCCUCAUGCCUUAACCAUCAUGCUCAAAUUCAUACUGAUGAGAAACCUUACUAAUGUAAGGAAUGUGGGGAAGCUGUCAGCUACACUCAUUCACGUUGAAGACAUGAAAGAUCUCUCGUUCUCCAGAUGCCCAUGACUUGAGGAAUGUGGCCGGGCCAUCAGCAUCUCAUCACAACCCAGCAGGCAGGAACUCACCCUGGGGCCCUACAGCAGCAGACACAGAGAAAGCCCUCAGUGUUCUCUGAGGUCUUGCUAAAUAUGGAAGGUAUCCAGUGGAGAGAACCCUAUUGAUGUGUGAUACGUAGCAGCGUUGUUGCUGUUCUGCUCAGUACUUUGAUGAUCCCUUGUGAUCUCACAAUGGAGAAAAAUCUUAGGAGGGUGAGAAUUGUUGGGAAGUCAUUUUUUACAUUACAUCUUUCCUCACCCUUUAGUGAACGUGGUGAUUGACACUUGAAGUGUUGUCAAUGUAUGGAAGAUAGGAAUCGCUUCCCUGUGUCCUAAAACCUUGUGGGCUAACUUGAGACAUGUCUUUCUGGGGGUUCUGUAGACAUAUUUUGAAUCUUUAUGAUGCUGCACUGAUCAUUCUUGGAGUGAGGACUCUGUUCUCUGUAGAAAUCCUCCAGUCUGGUUGCUACAGUGUCCAAGUAGCAGCCUGGCUAACAGUGGGCCUUGAGGAUCCAGAUGUGAUCCUGUGUGAGUAGGCUCUGGUUGGUUAGUCUUGAGGAUCCAGAUGUGAUCCUGUGUGAGCAGCGCAGGCUCUGGUUGGUUAGUCUUGAGGAUUCAGAUGUGAUCCUGUGUGAGCAGCGUAGGCUGUGGUUGGUUAGUCUUGAGGAUCCAGAUGUGAUCCUGUGUGAGCAGCGUAGGCUGUGGUUGGUUAGUCUUCAGGAUCCAGAUGGUGAUCCUGUGUGAGCAGCGCAGGCUGUGGUUGGUUAGUCUUGAGGAUCCAGAUGUGAUCCUGUGUGAGCAGCGCAGGCUGUGGUUGGUUAGUCUUGAGGAUCCAGAUGUAAUUCUGUGUGAGCAGCAUAGGCUCUGGUUGGUUAGUCUUGAGGAUCCAGAUGUAAUUCUGUGUGAGCAGCGUAGGCUCUGGUUGGUUAGUCUUGAGGAUCCAGAUGUAAUUCUGUGUGAGCAGCGUAGGCUCUGGUUGGUUAGCCUUGAGGAUCCAGAUGUGAUCCUGUGUGAGCAGCACAGGCUGUGGUUGGUUAGUCUUGAGGAUCCAGAUGUGAUCCUGUGUGAGCAGCACAGGCUGUGGUUGGUUAGUCUUGAGGAUCCAGAUGUGAUCCUGUGUGAGCAGCACAGGCUGUGGUUGGUUAGUCUUGAGGAUCCAGAUGGUGAUCCUGUGUGAGCAGUGCAGGCUGUGGUUGGUUAGUCUUGAGGAUUCAGAUGUGAUCCUGUGUGAGCAGCGUAGGCUGUGGUUGGUUAGUCUUGAGGAUCCAGAUGGUGAUCCUGUGUGAGCAGUGCAGGCUGUGGUUGGUUAGUCUUGAGGAUCCAGGUGUGAUUUUGUGUGAGCAGCGUAGGCUCUGGUUGGUUAGUCUUAAGGAUCCAGAUGUGAUUCUGUGUGAGCAGCAUAGGCUCUGGUUGGUUAGUCUUGAGGAUCCAGAUGUGAUUCUGUGUGAGCAGCGUAGGCUCUGGUUGGUUAGUCAUGCUCUUAGGCAUGACCCACCUGUAGGGUCCCACACUGGCCAAGGUUGGGGCAUAACACAGCUCUACAUUUUAUGAAAAUGCCCUUGUUCCUCUCCCAUACCUGAUCCUUUCAGAUAAAACACCAGGGUGCAAGGAGGGGCAGAGUGGAGAGGGGCGAGGUCAGUGCCCUGAGAUGCCCCUGUUUCAUGGCUGUGGAGGGAGAGGAGGGGCAGAGUGGAGAGGGGCGAGGUCAGUGCCCUGAGAUGCCCCUGUUUCAUGGCCGUGGAGGGAGAGGAGGGGCAGAGUGGAGAGGGGCGAGGUCAGUGCCCUGAGAUGCCCCUGUUUCAUGGCCGUGGAGGGAGAGGAGGGGCAGAGUGGAGAGGGGCGAGGUCAGUGCCCUGAGAUGCCCCUGUUUCAUGGCCGUGGAGGGAGAGGAGGGGCAGAGUGGAGAGGGGCGAGGUCAGUGCCCUGAGAUGCCCCUGUUUCAUGGCCGUGGAGGGAGAGGAGGGGCAGAGUGGAGAGGGGCGAGGUCAGUGCCCUGAGAUGCCCCUGUUUCAUGGCCGUGGAGGGAGAGGAGGGGCAGAGUGGAGAGGGGCGAGGUCAGUGCCCUGAGAUGCCCCUGUUUCAUGGCCGUGGAGGGAGAGGAGGGGCAGAGUGGAGAGGGGCGAGGUCAGUGCCCUGAGAUGCCCCUGUUUCAUGGCCGUGGAGGGAGAGCCACCACCCGCCACGUGGGGAGGAGGGAAUUCCUGUACCUCAGGCAGUGCCGGAUGGGUGAGAGCCCUGAGUGUCCCUGCUGACCUCCAGAUCCUCUUCACAGCAUGCAGAGCGGUCCUGGCAGCUGCUGCAGUCCGGCACUCCUGGGGCAGCUUCUGCGAUCCGGCACUUCUGGGGCAGGAGCUGCUUGUGUGUGUGCUGCCCCUUUGUGUACCAUGAAAACAGACCAGGGACACGGCUGGUCCUGAUGUUCCAUGGCACUUGGCACUGUCACUGGCGCUUCCUGGAUGAGGCCCUUAAACACACACAGCGGCAGAGCAAGGCUUCCGUGUGAGUGACACGAAUGUGUGUCCUCUGGCUGCAGCAAUCUUGGGUUAUGUUUUUUGUGGCCAUCAGGGCAGCAGCUGCUUGGUGACUGUUUCUGUGGUGUUGAACCCCCAUGGUAUAAAGGUAAUCUACAACGAGGUGAACAAUAAAUCCUGGAUGGACAGACUCGUGCACCUUCAUAUUACAUGUUUGAAAUUCUGGAUGGACAGACCCGUGCACCUUCAUAUCACGUGUUUGAAAUCCUGGAUGGACAGACCCGUGCACCUUCAUGUCACGUGUUUGAAAUUCUGGAUGGACAGACCUGUGCACCUUCAUGUUACGUGUUUGUUGUGGAGAGGAGUGGGUUGUGCCGUGUUUCUCUUGUGGGAUUAAGUGUGGCUAUUUAGCUCAUCUGUUGCCAACUUUAAUUGUUGGCAGUGACACUAAAGGUCAUCAGAUUAGUGUGAACCACCUUGUGGGGUUGUAGCGGCUCCUGGACUGGUCUCAGAUGCCAUCCUGAUUGGCUGAAAUAAGUCCUGCAGGUCUCUGCUGGAAAUGACUCACAGUUGCCUGAGUCCAGAACUUGUGGGUCACAGGUGAUGCCAGCCCUGCAUCAUCCUGGUGCUCGGACUCCUAGUGACAGCAUCCUGAGCAGGCGGUAGCCCAGAUAUCACCCUGCCUGAUAUGCCCACUGCUGAUGGAGGCAUCACCCCAGCCCAGACCUCAUUAAGACGACUACCCCUCUGACGACUCCCCGUCCCUUCACUGGAGGUGACUUCAUGCACUUCUCCAGAACCUCCUCAGCAGCGAUGCCCAUGGACUGGGAUUCCUAAGGCACAAAUUCGAUAUUUGAGAUUCUGUAAUGAGCUGAGCUUGCUGUCCGCUAACCCGUGAUCCUGGUGUAAUCUCAGCCAAAACCUACAGCCCUGCACCCCUGGCCUGUAGGAAAAUCUGGUAGGAGUUAGUAGUGUCUGUGAAGUCCCAAUAAUUGAUAACAAAAUGUUUUGUUUCGCCAGGAGGCACCCGCCUCCUGUCAGCCUCUCGGGAGGUCACUGUCUGCCCAGUGCCUUCUCCUCCACUGCAGCUUUCUAUCUCAUCUCCUUACUGCCUUGACUUGGCUUCACACAGAGCCUCUUCUUUACACGUACUAACUGUUUGCUUCAUACCCUCCUGCAGCAGAACUACAGACCUGCCAUCCUGAUAAUUGUCAAACUCAUCCCUUUAUCACCUUUAUAACUCCUCGAGGAUAUUAUCAUUGGACCCCCAACAUUUCAAAGUGAUUUUCUUGAGUAAUACCAUAUGCUGUGAUGUGGAUGUGAUUGGUUUGCCCUCUCAUGUUGAGCUUUGACCCUCAGUGUGGCAGUGCUGGGAGGGGGCCUGGUGGGGGUUUGGGUCAUGGGGGUACCCUCCUGAAUGGUUGGAUACCAUUCAUUCUUGCUGUGUCAAGCCUGGAUUGGUUUGUAGGGGAAUGCACUAGUUACCGGGAGCAUGUUGUGAUAAAGCCAAGCCAUCCCUCGGGUUUGGCUCACUGCCCUUGACUUUCUCUGCCCUGUUUGACACAGCAAAUAGUCCUCACCAGAAGCAGGUCGGAUGCCAGUGCUGUGCUUGUGCAGCCUGCUGAACCAUGAGCCAAAUAAGCUUCUUUCUAAGUUACCCACAGCCUCAGAUACGUAGCAACACAGACAGACAGAGACACCGUGCAUGAUGGAAAACUGGGUUAUGGGCAGGGCUGCAGGUACUGCUUAUGCAGAUGCCUGUAUUUCUCUUCCUUACUCUCAGAACAUGUUCUGUGUCGCUUAGGGCAACUUAUGCCCUCCUGUGUGAAAAUCUCCACUCCCGAUGUCUGAGGGUUCCUCAGCAUAAGGUAAAAUAUUAAAGGACCAAUUGUAU